GUGAGGUGGCACCUCUCCCACCCUCUCGUCCCUGGGUCCCGACCUCCGAGGGUCGCUCUUGACCUUUACCCUCAUCCAUUUCCCCCUCCUUCCCGCACCAGUACCCUGGUAUCCGAAUAUCUCCACUUUCCGCGCCUCCCGCGCUGCUCCCCUCCCGCCGCAAACCCAGCGACCUCCAGCAACGCCCCCGCGGCCCGAUCCUGACUGGCGGCUCCCGCCGCAGCCUCCUCAACCUUCCCGCUCUCCUAGGGUUCACGCCGCUACACCCCCGGUGUCUGUUCUCAGGCUUCCCUUUCCCUCCUCCCGCCCCUGGAGAGCCCCCUCCCCUUCCUGACCAGCCGGCAUGCAGGUGUCUAUCGCAUGUACCGAACAGAAUCUUCGCAGCCGGAGCAGUGAGGACCGUCUGUGUGGACCCCGGCCGGGCCCAGGGGGCGGCAAUGGAGGGUCGGCCGGCGGGGGACAUGGGAAUCCUCCGGGGGGUGGAGGAUCGGGCCCCAAGGGCCGGACUGCACUGGUUCCCCGACCCCCAGCACCCGCUGGGGCCCUCCGAGAGAGCACCGGCAGAGGCACUGGCAUGAAAUACAGGAACCUAGGAAAGUCUGGUCUUCGGGUAUCCUGUCUUGGCCUAGGUACCUGGGUCACAUUUGGUUCUCAGAUCUCAGAUGAGACAGCAGAGGAUGUGCUGACAGUAGCCUAUGAACAUGGUGUAAACCUGUUUGACACUGCCGAAGUAUAUGCAGCAGGAAAGGCUGAAAGAACCCUUGGCAACAUCCUCAAGAGCAAAGGGUGGAGGAGAUCAAGCUAUGUAAUCACCACCAAGAUUUUUUGGGGAGGACAAGCAGAAACUGAGCGAGGCUUGAGCCGCAAACACAUCAUUGAAGGUUUGCGAGGCUCUUUAGAACGCCUCCAGCUGGGAUACGUGGACAUUGUCUUUGCCAAUCGCUCAGAUCCCAAUAGUCCCAUGGAAGAGAUUGUGCGAGCCAUGACCUACGUCAUCAACCAGGGCCUAGCCCUAUACUGGGGGACAUCCCGAUGGGGAGCUGCAGAGAUCAUGGAGGCCUACUCCAUGGCCAGGCAAUUCAAUCUGAUUCCUCCAGUGUGUGAACAAGCUGAACACCAUCUGUUUCAGAGAGAGAAGGUCGAGAUGCAGCUACCAGAGCUCUACCACAAGAUUGGUGUUGGCUCAGUUACCUGGUCCCCUGUGGCCUGUGGCCUGAUCACUAGCAAGUAUGAUGGGCGAGUCCCAGAUACUUCCAGGGCCACCAUCAAGGGCUACCAGUGGCUCAAGGACAAAGUGCAGAGUGAGGAUGGCAAGAAGCAACAGGCCAAAGUCAUGGACCUUCUCCCCAUCGCUCACCAGCUGGGCUGUACUGUGGCCCAGCUUGCAAUUGCCUGGUGUCUCCGCAGUGAGGGUGUCAGCUCCGUCUUGCUAGGAGUGUCAAGUGCAGAGCAGCUGAUAGAACACCUGGGCGCUCUACAGGUCCUGAGCCAGCUGACCCCGCAGACGGUGAUGGAGAUAGACGGGCUUCUGGGGAAUAAACCACAUUGCAAGAAAUAGUCCGUUGGGGGCGCAGGGACUGAAACUGGAGUUGUUGCAACCCUGGGGUACCGCUUUCCCGCAGCUGCCUCCUUCCCGCUCCGGAUCCCGCCAAGCAGCUGCCAGAGCCAGGGUGGCCCCGCCCACUAACGAGUCCCGGCUUCGAGUAGCGAUACGCAUGAACAAAGCCAUAUCCUUCCCGCACAGGGCCUUGAGAGGGAAAGUAGUGCGCAGCACACAGCUGCGUUCUCCUAGGCCUUCUUGCUAAUCCCGGGCAUGAGCUACUGGGCCGAACCCUCUCCGCCACCUGGUCUCGCUCCCUUCUCUUCCUCCUCAACAGCCAAGGCCCAAAAUAAAGGAAACAAAAGGCAGAUAUAAGAAACAUGCCAAGUAUGUCAGAAGUAGCCUUUGAAAUGUCUUCAUGGGAUAAUAACGUACUGAGUGAGCUAUAAUGUCAUCCCUGAUAAAGGAAAUGGGCUCUUUGUAUUCUAUAAAGGAAGCCAGGCUGGUCCUGGCUAGAAGUAAAUGAUAAUCUUUGGGAAACCAGGACCCUGCCUCCAAGCCAGGAGGUAGGGGAGGGUUAAAAAGGAGAACUAAAGCUAGUACUUUAUUCUUGCUGAGAGGGGGUAGGAGGGACACAGGUGGCAGAAGCAUAAACCCUGGCAAAACUGGCCAAGGUGACCCAUGGAAAACAAAAUUGGGCCAUGCUUCCCAGGAAAGUAACAGCCUAGGUCACUGCAGAGACCGGGUGGGGGUAAGGGGCUGACAAAAAAGGUUUGGGGAUAGACUUCUGAGCCUUGAGCAGAACUUCCUACCGGGCAGUGGAGGACCCCAGGCUUCCUCCUGGCAAUAAUAUUAAAGCAAUAAUGAUGGCCCCUUUUUUGUAAGCCUUCCCAGGGAACUGUAAAUAAAAUCUCAGCUUGAUCCUCA